AUGACAGCUUCAGGAGACUCAAUUAUUACUGCGCCAAAUUCCUACACCAACAAGGAUCUUCUCUUACUCAGUCAGAUACUACAUCGCCAAGGUCUCAUUGAGCCAGAUGCCGUGAGGCAAUAUGAGGAUUUGGACAGGAUCGGCAGUGAGUGGUUUCACCACGAUAGCACCCAAUUGCUGCGGAGGACCCACGAGAACAGUCUCACAAAACCACCGACAGGGAAGCAGAUCCUUCAGUUGUACGAGAAUAUGUUGGAAGAAAACAGCGAUUGCAGUAACACCACCGAGUUGGCCAACAAGUUCUACUUUGCCCGGGUCCAUGAGCUUGAACACCGCAUUCAACAGGACAAAGAAGAUUUCAAGAGCAUCUUAGCUGAGUCUCAGACGUAG